CUGAGGCCGAUAAAUUCGAUGAAGGCACAAAGGAACAAAUGUGAAAAAUUGUCGCUUUAAAUUGGCAAUUAUAUAUUUAAGUGAAAUAGAUAUAUACGCGCAGAUAUAUGUGCUUGUGUGGCUGAGACUGAAGAUAACAAUGGCCGGUAACAUGUCUUCCAGUUCGAAUGGGGAGUUAAAGAAACUUUCGGAGGAAAGUUUACUACAGCCCCCGGAAAAGGUUUUCGAUAUUAUGUACAAACUGGGCGAGGGAAGUUACGGGUCCGUCUAUAAGGCGCUCCACAAAGAGAGCUGCUCCAUUGUGGCCAUUAAGCUGGUGCCGGUGGAGUCCGACCUGCACGAGAUCAUAAAGGAGAUAUCAAUUAUGCAACAGUGCGAUUCUCCGUACGUGGUUCGCUACUACGGGUCUUACUUUAAGCAGUACGAUUUGUGGAUAUGCAUGGAAUACUGCGGGGCGGGCAGCGUUUCCGACAUAAUGCGCCUCCGCAAGAAAACGCUGACAGAGGACGAGAUAGCCACCAUAAUGUCGGACACGCUCAAAGGCCUGGUCUAUCUGCAUCUGCGCCGGAAAAUACAUCGAGAUAUCAAGGCUGCCAACAUACUGCUCAACACGGAAGGCUAUGCCAAGCUGGCCGACUUUGGUGUGGCUGGCCAGCUUACAGACACGAUGGCCAAGCGGAACACGGUCAUAGGAACUCCCUUCUGGAUGGCCCCCGAGGUUAUUGAGGAGAUUGGCUACGAUUGUGUAGCGGAUAUUUGGUCCCUUGGCAUCACAGCCCUUGAAAUGGCUGAGGGAAAGCCCCCCUACGGUGAUAUACAUCCCAUGCGAGCUAUUUUUAUGAUACCUCAGAAGCCACCACCCUCGUUUCGGGAACCAGACAGAUGGAGCACUGAAUUUAUUGACUUUGUAAGCAAAUGCCUGGUGAAGGCUCCCGAUGAACGUGCCACAGCUACAGAGUUACUGGAGCAUGAAUUCAUCCGCAAUGCCAAGCACCGUACCAUAUUGAAGACCAUGCUGGAGGAGACCUGUGCCAUUCGAGAACAACAGCGGGCCAAUCGGGCUGCUGGCGGAGUGUUGGCCUCCAGUCAGGCCAAGAGUCUUGCCACACAGGAGAACAGUAUGCUACACAACAUGCAAGAGGAAGAAACAGAGUUCAACGGCACGGGCAAGACCUUCAUUGAUGAUCCUGGCACGCUGGUACCUGAAAAAUUCGGUGAAUAUCAGCAAAGCUCCGCUUCAGAUGCAACCAUGAUAUCGCAUCCGGAGCCAGACUUUGACGAAGGCACCUUGGGACCGGGUGGCGUACGAGGUUUGAGCAGGGCAACGGCAACCGGCGCGACUGCUGCGUCUGCAUCAUCACCUCUGGAUGUACCAGCAGUCGAUAGUGGUACGAUGGUGGAGCUGGAGUCAAACUUGGGCACAAUGGUGAUUAACUCUGACUCGGACGAUUCGACAACAGCUAAGCGCAAUGACGAUCAGAAACCUCGCAACCGGUAUCGUCCUCAGUUCCUGGAGCAUUUCGAACGUAAAAAUGGGGGCGAUGGACGGGGCGACGACAAGUCGGCGGCUACAGAGUAUUCCCCUGCGGCAGCCGAGCAGCAGCAGCAGCAGCAACAACAGGAGGAGCAGCAUCUGGCCAGUGGAGCCAACGAUUUAAACAACUGGGAGCACAACAUGGAAAUGCAGUUCCAGCAGAUAUCCGCAAUCAAUCAGUACGGGAUACAGCAACACCAGCAGCACCAGCAGCAGCAUGUACUCAUGGCCUAUCCACUGAUGAAUGAUCAGCUCAUUGCCAUCAACAAUCAACAGAAUCUUCUGCGCAACAAUGCCACGCCCCUCGCUCAGCAGGGACACCCGGCUGUGGCUGCAGCUCAACCGCCGCCCGCAUAUCAGAAUCAACAUAUGUACGCGCAAUCGCACGCAUAUGUGGAGGGUGAAUUUGAGUUCCUUAAGUUUCUUACCUUCGACGAUCUAAAUCAGCGUCUUAGCAACAUUGACCACGAAAUGGAGCUGGAGAUUGAGCAGUUGAAUAAGAAAUACAAUGCCAAGCGGCAGCCCAUUGUGGAUGCCAUGAAUGCAAAGCGCAAACGCCAGCAGAAUAUCAAUAAUAAUCUGAUUAAGAUAUAGAAAAAUCGACUCACAACUUUGCAAGGCAACUGAAAAUAGAUUUUUAACUCACAACACCCUUUGCAUUGGGGGGAAUUCAACGGAAGUGUGCUCGAGCUGCUGAAGCAGGUUCUUUCUUCCAUAUUGAUCAUUCAAUACAGUGUAGAGGGCGCGAAACAAAACGCAAGAUAUAAAAACAAAAGCUUUAUUGUAAAAUGCAGUGAAAACAGGAAAGAAAUGUGGUUAUAAACGUCGUCGGAAAAACAUACAACAUACAUACAUAUAUUAAAUAACGCACGAACACUUAUUUCCUCCUUUUUCCGUAUUGAUUUUGUUCAAAAUUUUAGUUUUUGUUUCGUUUCAUAAUUUAUAUGAUUUCGGACUUCAUCUAUCUUCCAACGAACACAUUCUCGAAUUAAUAAGAUAUUUUUGCAUCUCGCAGCUGCCUGCACUAUCUACUGCCUAAGUCCACUCCAAAUUGAUAAGACUCCAUAAAAUGUUUUUCCCGGUUAACUACUAUUAACCUUAAUCUCUUCCUAUAUUUUAUACUUUUACUUGUGUCUUCGUGCGAACACAAACACACACACACACAGAAACCCGUCAAGCAAUAAAUAUAAAUAAAUACGUUUUUACAACGCAUAAAAAUGAAUAUUUUUCGAAGGUAUACAUAUUUAUCAAAGCAAAAUGCACUGAAGCACUCACAUUUAUAUAUAUACUAGUACUUUUAGAUCUUAUAACUAAUUUACCUAAUAAAUAUAUCGUAAUAUAUGCAAAAAAGCUUAUCAAUACAAAUACCUUUGUAUAAUAUA